GAGAGCCGCCGCAAUGCUCAAGAAGCAGAUACCUGCCUGGAUCUCCCACUACCUGCCAGACCCAUGCCAAGCAGAAAAUGACAGACCCUCAGCUACCUGCGCCUCGGAGGAGGGGCUAUCUCCAUGCCACCUGCUGACCGUGAGGGUCAUCCGAAUGAAAAACGUCCGACAGGCUGAUAUACUAAGCCAGACAGACUGCUAUGUGAGCCUCUGGCUGCCUACCGCCUCUCAUGAGAAACAGAGAACUAGGACCAUCUCCAACUGCUUAACCCCAGAGUGGAAUGAAAGCUUCAACUUCCAGAUCCAGACCCAAGUCAAGAACGUGCUCGAGCUAAGCGUCUGCGAUGAAGACACAUUGACACAAGAUGACCAUCUCUUGACAAUUCUCUAUGACCUCACCAAGCUCUGCUUCCGAAAGAGAACCCAUAUGAAGUUCCCACUCAACCCAGAGGGCAUGGAAGAGCUGGAGGUAGAGUUCCUGCUGGAGGAGAGUCCCUCUCCACCUGAGACCCUCAUCACCAAUGGCGUGCUGGUGGCUCGACAAGUCUCCUACCUGGAGGUUCAUGCAGAAUCCAGAAGGCAGAGGAAGAGUGGGAAAGGGAAGGACCUCCUGGUGACAGUGACAGAAUCCUUCGAGCAUACGCAGCGCGUCUCACAACACCCGGAUCCCUGUCACCCAAACCCUGCCUGUUUUCACUACCCCAAGUAUUUUCAGUCCAAGAUGCACGGGGAGGUGCCCAGAAGCCAAUGGAGCUGUGGGCUUUGCUGCUGUGGCAAGCACAAGAACAGCGCUGUCUGCCAGCCCCUCGAUUGCCUCCCGGACGGCCAGACGGUGACCCUGCCUGUGGGAGAGAACUGUGAAUUACACAUGAAGUCUACACCCUGCCCCCAGACAUUGGAUGUGCGGCUGGGCUACAACCUGUGCCAGGAAGAGCUGGAGUUCCUGCAAAAGCGGAAGGUGGUGGUAGCUGAGGCCCUGAAGCAGGUCUUGCAGCUGGAGGAGGAUCUGCAGAUGGACGAGGUACCGCUCAUAGCCAUCAUGUCCACUGGAGGUGGAACGAGAUCCAUGACUGCCAUGUAUGGCCACCUGCUGGGGCUGCAGGAGCUGAAUCUCCUGAACUGUGCCAGCUACAUCACGGGACUGUCAGGGGCCACUUGGACCAUGGCUACCUUGUACCGGGACCCUGAGUGGUCCUCUAAAAACCUGCAGCCUGCCAUCCUUGAGGCCCGGAGGCAUGUGGUCAAGGACAAGUUGCCCACCCUGCACCCAGACCAGCUCCUCAAACACCGGGAGGAGCUUCGGCAGCGCAGUCAGGAAGGCUAUAAGGUCAACUUUACAGACUUCUGGGGCCUGCUGAUCGAGGCCUGCCUGGGAGACGAGAGAAAUGAAUGCAAACUGUCAGAUCAGCGUGCUGCUCUGAGCCAGGGCCAGAACCCCCUGCCCAUCUACCUCACCAUCAAUAUCAAGGAUGAUGUAAGCAACCAGGAUUUCAGAGAGUGGUGCGAGUUUUCCCCCUACGAGGUGGGCAUGCAGAAGUAUGGGGCCUUCAUCCCCACCGAGCUCUUCGGCUCCGAGUUCUUCAUGGGGCGUCUGAUGAGGAGGAUCCCAGAGUCGCGGAUGUGCUACAUGCUAGGUUUGUGGAGCAGCAUCUUCUCCGUGAACUUGCUUGAUGUCUGGGAUUAUUGCAACAACUCAGAGGAGUUUUUCCACAGGUGGACAAGGGAGAGAGUGCACGACAUUGAAGAUGAGCCGCUCCUUCCUGAAAUCCCCAAAUGUAAGGCCAAUGUCCUGGACACCUCGGUGGUGAUCCCAGCGUCGACGCUGUCCAAUACUUUCCGCCAAAUCCUCACCUAUCGGUCCUUUGUGUCUGAGUUCCACAACUUCCUGUUGGGGCUGCAGCUGCACACCGACUACCUCCAGAAUGGCCAGUUCUCCAUGUGGAAAGACACUGUGCUUGACGGCUUCCCGAACCAGCUGACAGAGUCCGUGAACCACUUGUGUCUAGUAGACACCGCAUUUUUCGUCAACUCCAGCUACCCACCCCUCCUCAGGCCAGAGAGAAAAGCCGACCUCAUCAUCCACCUCAAUUAUUGUGCUGGGUCCCAGACAAAGCCCAUGAAACAAACCUGUGAGUACUGCGCCGUGCAGAACAUCCCCUUCCCCAAAUAUGACCUGCAAGAGGAGGGGAAUAGUAAUCUCAAGGAAUGUUACCUGAUGGAGAACUCCCAGGAACCUGAUGCCCCCAUCGUGCUUUUCUUCCCACUCAUCAACGAUACCUUCCAAAAGUACAAGGCCCCAGGUGUAGAGCGAAGCCCCGAGGAGCUGGAGAAGGGCAACGUUGACAUUUAUGGCGCCAAAACUCCCUAUGCCACCAGGGAGCUGACGUACACAGAGGCCGCCUUCGACAAGUUGGUGAAUCUCUGUGAAUACAACAUCCUGAAUAACAAGGACAAGCUCCUUCAGGCCUUGCGAAAGGCCGUGGAAAAGAAGAAACUCCAGAAGAGCCAGUGUCCCUCCGAAUUCCCGGGGAGCUUCACCGAUCCUGUGUCUGCUUCCACUGUUGGGGGCGGGGACCUCAUCAGAGCUGACCAGCCCUCAUAGCCAGCUCUGCUCUCUGGCAAGAGGUGCAGGCAAGCUAGCCUGGGCUGUCCCUCAAAAAAUAAAAAUUAAAAAAGGUUGAGGGAGACAGAGAGAAAGAGACACAGGAAAAUAACGAGGCAUGGAUUCGGGUUUUAUACCCACUGGAAUUUUUUUAAACCUUUCCCUAUAGGGAAAGGGGUCCAAUAGCCACAGGCUCCCAUACAUGCCUGAAGUGUGGAGAAUGAAAGCACGGCCUGAAGAGGCAGCUGGUUCCCCACAAACCUGAGACACAGAGCUGGCGCCCAGAGCCCUCCCCUUUCUACUCCCCUCUGCCUCCAGGCACAGAGGAACUCAGGGAAUGCACAGGAGGACCCGAGAAGCACUCAGCGUUCUCUGGAAAAACUCUUUUUAAAUUUUAAGGGAAUUAUAUUCUUGUGAUUUUUGUAGGCAAUUAUAUUUUGUGGUUUUUAUUUCUAUGAGUCAGGCUAUUAAUAGGGAGCAUGAUGCUAGAAGAUCUAGAUGGAGCACUGGAGACAUCUUGGUCUCUUCAACAACAAAGCCAAACAGGUGACGCAGUUUCAGCAGCCCCUCUCCAGCCGCUCAGAGCUCCAGGACUGGUGACCCCUAAAAUCCCUACCAGGCAGCCUCAUCUGAGCAUCCAGCUCCAGUGAAAUGCCAGGCAAAGCCCAAGUCUGUAGCUCACAUUCGUGGAACACAGAUCUUAGAUGCAGCUCGGGGAUGUUUGGGCAGGUCAAUGGACUUGGGCAUCAGGUCGGUACUGCCACCCAGUGCCGCCCACUCCAAGAGGCCGGCGCUUGCUGACAAACCUGCUCCAGGAGCACUUCUCAGUUCUCCGUCACCCUCCCCUCUGUUUUCCAGACGGGAUUAUUUAUUUCUCAAUGGGAUUUCUCUUAUUUAUCAUGUACACACCAUGGCCAGCUAGCACAUCCCAGCUCUUGGAAAGUCAUCCUGAGAGAAUGAAACCAGGAAGGAACUACCCAGAGAGGACUAAGUUAGCUCUGAGGAAGAAGCCCAUCCUUGGAGGUGGUUUCAAGAUGAAUUACUGGGAAAGACCAGGAACACACGGAAGCCCAAUCAAAGCAUCCAGGUCACCCAUCAGCCUGGGAACGUAACUGAAAAAAAUGUAUAACCUGAGCUACUGAGACGCCCUGGCCAAUGGACAGUGGGGCCAGAAAGGCACGUGCUCUGCGUGAAGCCCAGCAAACCUGGGAGACAUGCCCCCCUUUCUGGGCCACGAUGCUCCCUCCCUAAGCAGUCCUUUGGUUGUUAGGAGACAAAUGGUGACAGGUACCAAAAGUUUAGAAAAAUUGGUCUCCAAUUUACAUCCUGACUACUCAAAGUGUGCUGGGGAACUGGUUAGAAACACAGAAUCUCAGGCCCCACUCCAGCCAUACUGAAUCAGGAUCUGUAUUUUGAGGAGAUUCUCAGCUCCUCUCUCAGGCGAUGCCUGUGCAUAUUACAGUUUGAAUGGUGUGGAUUUGUGCCACACUUUACCAUAAGCCUGGAAAGUAUGAACAGUCAGCUCCCCUGAGCCCCAAACUGGGCUCCUGGAUCUGCAAACCUGGUCCCCAUCCAGCUAACGCUCACCUGGGACACCACCUCACCCCCUCCACCAGAGCAGCCUCCACUUUGGCACCUUUUUCUUCCAUCUGCAACAAACAGGCUCGCCUUACAUUAUCAGAGCGAGCUCCGUGGCAAGACCUGUUUAUUGUAAGGUGAAGGCAGCCCUCCCUUGGAUUCCUCAAAGUAUGUAGAGUGAGGUUUUUGAAACCAUUUUAUUAUUUGAGCGCGGAAUAAAAUGGCCAUGUGGGUAAAUGCUAGUGCCUCAUCUGCUUUCAUUAUCUGAGGCUGUAAAACCUGCAUAAUUCCUGUCUGGCCACUGCCAGAGGUGUGAGAAGGCCGUUUCCAUCCCAUCCCUUCUCUCUCCUGCGGCUUCCUUUCCUCCUGCAGGGGUCCCCACCUUCUUGUGGUGGGGUGAUUUUCUGUUUUUAUGAAGCCAUGUGAAAACCAGUGGAGCAGCAGCUCUCGUUGACCCAUGCUGUCUGAAGCUCCGAUGGUUUUCAGGAAGCUUUGAUCUAGAGGAAGGAAGGGCAGUCUGCAUCAGCUGAGCACCUACUUGGUGCCCCGCAGUCGUGGUCAGUAAGCUGCCUUUGCUUUCUAGGAACGUAGAUCUGGGUUGUAAGAAAAGGCAUGAAAAUAUUUUUGUAUGUGGAUUUGAGAAGUCAAAUGGCCAUUUCUCUUCUAAAACAAUGCUGGCGAUGUCACAGAGCAGGAGAUUCG